AUGCGCUGCGAUCGGCGUAGCACGACGCGGUUCGCCAUAGCCUUGGCGUCUUUGUCCGUUCUCACAGCCGUUUUCAUUGCUUGGUUUUACCAGCCACUCUCUCUGUUCAGUCCGGACACUGAAUUCGUCGCUCGAGUUUACUUACCUGAGGUGCAGGGUGUUCGUAUUCCGCACGUAUGCGAGUUUGGCUCCAAGGCAGUUUUGCCAUUCACCCAGGGCCUGCUGUUCACCUCCGAGCAUACGUUGGUGGAAACAUCGGGCCUAUCGUCCCAUAGUUUCCUGCGCGAGUUUUCUGCGUCCACCGGUGCGACGCUCCGCCGUGUGGACCUUCCGAACGGCUACUUCGCCGAGGGCAGCGCACUGGUGGUGGAGCCGAGCACGCUGCGUCUGUAUGUGAUGGUGCUGACCUAUACCGACAACGCGAUUCUGCUGUACGACUAUGCGUCUUUCGCCCUGGAGCACGUGUACAAGAUGAGGUACGUGGGCUUCGGGCUGACUUCCAACUACGACAUUCGUUGCAAAGAUCGUUCGGAAUUCGUAAGGCGCCAGAAGGUGUGGAUGACUACGGGAGGGAGCGACCUGAUAUCGGUGUCGCUGCCGGACUCUUUCAGGGAGGGCACCAUAAACAUCGCCGGCUCAGUGCCCAUCACCCUAAACGGCCGGCGUCUGCUGUACGUGAACGAGAUGGAGUACAACGUGCCGUCCGACACCGUGUACGGCAACAUCUGGGGUAGCGACUACAUCGUGGAAAUAAGCCCGUAUGAUGGCAAGUGUCUAGCUCUGUGGGACCUGCGGACGCUGUCCUCCCAGCAGCCCACGGGCGUGGACGUUCUGAACGGCAUCGCGUGCCACCCAAGCAAGCCCUACUGUAUGGUUACUGGCAAGUUUUGGCCGCAUCUGUACAGCGUGACGUUCCCGAAAGGCUCUGCCAACGCGGUGGACGUCGCGGCUGCGUUUUACGAAAACUUUUGCGCGGCGGAGGGCGCUACAUCAUCACCGCAAGAAGCGCGUUGA